AUGAUUUCGGAGCUCGAGAAUGACGCCUACACGGUCGGCUGGAUUUGCGAUCAUGAGAACAGGGUCACUGCUCAGACCAUGCUCGACGAAGAGCACGGGAAGCCGCAGACCAGAGAGCCUUCCGACGACAACAGCUAUCUUCUCGGCAAGGUUGGACACCACAACCUCGUAAUCGCGUGCCUUCCAGUACGCGGAAUAAGCUCCGCCGCCAUCGUUGCCUCCAAGAUGCUGUCGAGUUUUCGGAAAAUACGAGUUAGUCUCCUUGUCGGAACCGGCGGCGGCAUUCCCAGCGACGAUUUUGAUAUACGGCUUGGCGAUGUCGCGGUGAGCGUCCCAGACAGGACCUUUGGCGGGGUCGUGCAGUUCGACAUGGGGAAGGCUACACACUCCGGAUUUUCACGCACUGGCUCGCUCAACAAGCCUCCGACCGCGCUUUUGACUGUGAUCGGCGAUCUCAGAGCGACGAACCAGCUGCGCGGCAGCAAAAUUCCAGAGUACCUUACGCAGAUGCUCGAAAACUACCCCAGGCUGGCGGAAAGAUAUGUCUACCAGGGCAGAGAGAACGACAGGCUAUUUCAGGCGGACUAUCUGCAUAAGGAUGAGCAGGACAGAUCUUGUAAGAAGUGUCGGCGGAAGGGAAUAGAACGAUUGAUCAGGGAUACCGAUCCUGUGAUUCAUUACGGGACCAUUGCCUCCAGCAAUAAAAUCAUUGAAGACAGCUCAAUACGCGAUUGGCUACGGGAUGAGUUUGGUGCCAUCUGCGCAGAGACCGAAGCUGCUGGGCUUAUGGACAAUUUCCCUUGUGUAGUCAUUCGCGGGAUAUGCAACUACGCAGAUUCUCAUUGGAGGGGCGCGGAGCGUUGGCGACAGCUCGAGAAGUCGUUCAAGGACCUCUCGCUGUUGAUAUACUCUCGGACUGAAAUCGCUUCGCUAAAGCAGAAAACAUUCAUAUAUAACCUUCCAACGGUUUCAGGAGCUGCGUAUGAUUCGCAUACCAAGGAGACCACCUCCCGAUGCUACCCUGGAACCAGAGUCGAUCUUCUGCGACAGGUUAGAGACUGGGCAAACAACCCUGAUGGGAAGCGAAUAUUCUGGCUUAGCGGUAGCGCUGGAACGGGAAAAUCUACUAUCUCCAGGACACUUGCUCAUUCCUUCCACGAAGAUAAUCAGCUUGAGGCCAGCUUCUUCUUUAAGAAAGGCGAGGCAGGUCGUGCAGACGCGGCAGGCUUGUUCUCUACCAUUGCCUCACAGCUAGCCAUAAAUAUCCCAGCGACCGCUAGAUAUAUUCAAAGGGCCGUGGAAGCUGCUCCUUCUAUUGCGGACAAGAUGUUGCGUGAGCAGUUCAACAUGCUUAUAGUUCAACCUACCCUACGCGUUUUUGAGAAAGCUCCUUUUGACUCCCCAAGAGUUAUUGUUCUUGAUGCACUGGACGAAUGCUCAAGUCAGGACAUGGAGGCUAUCUUGUGGACCUUCCGCGACGCUGAACUGACAGCCGAUACUCUGCGACUAUUUGUUACCAGUAGGCCAGAUAUACAGGUGCUGAGGGGUUUUCGAGGUUUAUUGAAUAACACAUACCAAGAUAUAGUGCUACAAAACAUUCCGGAAGAGACGACGAAGAGUGAUCUUCGUAUCUAUUUGAGGCACAAAUUAGCGGACAUUCGAAAAUAUCACAACAACACGAUCUCCUCAUCUCGAGAACGUCUUCCAUCAGAUUGGCCAGGGAGGGAGAAUAUCUCGAUACUCGUGGACAUGGCAGUUCCGCUGUUCAUUUUUGCCGCGACGACUUGUCGCUUCAUAAGCGAUCCGAGACACGACCCCAACGAUCAACUUGCCACCAUCCUGAAGUACCGGACUGCGAGCCAGAAACUACACCAAGCAUAUCUUCCUGUACUUGACCAGCUGGUGGGUGAUGACUUGGAUGGCCAACAGGAUAUCGUUCUACGCCGAUUUCACAAUAUUGUCGGGGCCAUUAUCCUCCUAUUCGAACCACUGUCUGCUAGUCAUCUUGCUCGCCUUCUCAAAGUCCGCCCCGAUGAAGUCUACCUCCAGGUAGAUUUCCUGCACUCUGUCCUGCAGAUCCCACACGACGAUUCGCCAAUCAGACUUCUACAUCUCUCUUUUCGAGACUUUCUUACCGAUAGCACGACACGUGCCGACUUUCGGGUAGAUGAAAAGAAACGGCACCUUUCCUUAGCAACCCAAUGCCUUGAGCGAAUGGGAGCACUACCAGGACUUAGGCAGGAUAUCUGCGAGCUUAAAUCCCCUGGGGUACUAGCAGCCGAAAUCGAGCCGGAGGUGGUUGGCAAGAAUGUCCCAGGAGAUCUCCGAUAUGCCUGUCUCUACUGGGUUAAUCAUUUAGUCGAAGGAGACUGUCUCAUUUGUGACAGAGACAAAGUUCAUCAAUUCUUAACAAAACACAUUCUCCAUUGGAUCGAGGUACUGAGCCUUUUGAAAUCUCUUCACAAAGCUACUAGCUACAUCCAGAAAUUACAGGGUCUAGUAGUUUCGGCGACCAGGGGAAAAAAGAUAUCAGCAUUUCUCUAUGACGCGAAGCGAUUCCUACUCUAUAACUUCUCAGCCAUUGAGAAAGCGCCUUUACAGGCUUAUUCUUCAGCACUUAUCUUCUCUCCAAAGAACAGUCUCAUACGCAAGACAUUCAAAGACUGCGUUCCGAACUGGAUUACUCAGUUGCCGAAUGUAACAAAGAAUUGGAGCGCUCUGGAGCAGACAUUCGAGCCCACCUCUGACGAUGCCUUCGACGGACCUCUGUCAUUCUCGCCAGAUGGCACCAAGCUUGCGUCUGGCUGCCAAAUAUGGGAUAUUACCUCCGGUCAGACGAUAAGCAGAUUCGGUGACAAUCACUGGUCGUCCGCUAUGUUUCUUUCAAAUCACGAGCAGAUAACCGUUGCCAAAUAUCAACUAAUAGCUCGGAAUCUAAAUACUGAGCAGACUAUCAGCAUUCCUUGUCCUGGAAAGCCCCAACAGGUCGAAUCAGUCACGGGAAGUGGGCCUAGACUGGUGCUCCUCCGAGAACCGCGUGACACCAAAGGCGAAUCCACACAACAUCUAUUCUUCAAUCUUUUUUACGUCUACAAUAUAGACACCGGGGAAGUGCUUCUCAGCUACUGGCUGGGGUCAUGGAGUCAAAUGUUCCUUUCAUUCGAUGGCAGGCGAAUAGCUCUCAUCGGUGAAAUAGUUGCAGAAGGACAGAAAACUCCAUUGUUUACUCACACUGAACCCGCUGAAUACCCGCUUUUUGCAAAUCGUCUAGAGGUUUGGAGCCUGGACAAUGAUAGGCGAAGGCUCUUCUCCAGAGACUACGAGGACCUCGAUUAUUGCCUUACUAGUGACUUUUCGGCGGACGGGUCCAAGAUUGCUGUUUUGCUGGCUGGUUCGCGAGUGUCUGUCAUAGAUGUCAACGGAGACUACACCGAUAAGACACUCGAUUACUGCGAUAUCGAGGAUAUCAUUUACCUCGCUCUCUCGCCGGGUGGGACAACACUGGCGAUUGGUUUUGGCUCCGAGAUAUGCUUGUGGAACCUGGAUACUGACGAAGUCAAUCCCAUCCUGGAGAAAGUUAUGUGCGAAGCCAUGGUCUUCUCGCCAAAUGGAUCGAAACUAGCCAUCAGGACUGCUUCGGGACUAAUCAAAAUCUUCGACGUACGAGCUGGUUCAUUCUCUUCAUCCCAUGAACAGGCUUAUGGUCAAGGUAGUUCGGAUGGGGUGGUCUUUUCUCCUUGUGGGACUCUAGUGGCUUCGAGUCCACGAUACGGCUGUCGCGUUUCAAUAUGGGAUGUCGCAAGAAAGAAAGUGGUGCAGACUGAACUGGCCAGGGGUACAGAAGACGAUGUUAACUGCUUAACGUUUUUGGGCUUUUCCGCUCAAAAUCUCUUUGUUAUCGUAAACGACUUCCUCACAGUGUGGAGCAUUCAAUCGGGCCGAAUGGGCCUUGUACACACGACGAAGCUUGAGUUUGUCCUUUCGAGGGUAACUUUCUCUAACGACGGGUCAAGGCUGGCAGGGUACGACGACAGCCAGCAGCCUAUGCUACGUAUACUAGAUACCAAGAGUGGCCAGAACCUUGUCUCCACAAGACUAGACGCGGCCCAGGGAGUAAUUAGUGCAAAGUUCUCCAAGGAUGGUAGCAAGCUGGCUGUUGGGAUAUACGGUGGCGUGGCGGGUCGGACGAUCGAACUGAGGGAAAGCGAGUCGCUUGCUUUGAAGGAAAUGUGGUUCGCCAGGGACGUAGGCCAAGUGGCAUUCUCCGCCGACGAAAAGUCCAUUUUGUAUGAUGCUGCGGCACCCUGUACGACCGCGUGGUAUCCAGCGACUACUCUCACCCGCGACAUCAGAUCCUCAGCUGAAACAAGCCAGGGGAUAUUCAUCUCCCAAGAUCGCAGCUGGAUUCUUACCCCGAACGGGACAAGGAUGGUUUAUCUUCCAGCUGAGAUUCGGCCAACGGAGCCGUAUGCGUCGAGCAAAUUCUCAUUGAAAUCUGUAAGUAUUUGUGGCAAUAUGGUUGCUAUUGGACAUGAAAGUGGGCGUGUAACCAUCAUGGAGCUGGAUUCAAGUGGAUUUUAG